GGUUGACGAGCCUUCUUUCAUUUCCCUUCGCCUCCUCUCUCUCUCUCUCUCUCUCUCUCUCUCUCAUUGGUAAGAAGGUGGCGAUGGGGAGGCUGUCGGUGGGGAUACUGAGCCUGGCAGAGCUAUUCGUGAGCGCGGCGGUGCAUCUGCUAUUCGGAUUGUACGUAUUUAGCACUGCGGUGGCGUCGGACCUCUCGCAGGCCGUGACGGAUCGCUUCAAGCCUAACGCAUUUAAUUUAGUGGCGGCGGAGGAGGAGGAGAGCAAGGGGAAGGUGGCGGUGUUCGAAGGGUCGCCGCCACCUAUCGUGUUGGUGCAUGGGAUUUUUGGUUUUGGCAAAGGGAGGCUUGGAGGGUUGUCGUAUUUUGCCGGAGCCGAGAAGAAGGACGAGCGUGUUCUGGUUCCAGAUUUAGGAUCCUUAACCAGCAUACAUGAUAGGGCGUGCGAUUUGUUCUACUAUUUGAAGGGAGGGCAGGUGGACUAUGGAGAGGAGCAUAGCAGGAUAUAUGGGCAUUCACAAUUUGGGAAGACCUAUGGGCAAGGACACUAUCAAGAGUGGGAUGAACACCAUCCAAUUCAUUUUGUUGGUCACUCAGCAGGGGUGCAAGUCGUCCGUGUGUUGCAGCAGAUGCUUGCUGACAAGGCGUUCAGUGGCUAUGAGAAUACUUCUGAGGACUGGGUAUUGAGCAUCACUUCCUUAUCUGGUGCACUAAAUGGAACCACUAGGACCUACUACGAUGGAAUGCAACCGGAAGAUGGAAGGUCUAUGAAAUCCAUAUCCCUGCUCCAGUUCUGUCGAAUAGGAGUCAUAUUCUAUGACUGGCUCAACAUUUCAUGGCUUAAGAACUACUACAAUUUUGGGUUCGAUCACUUCGAGAUGGGAUGGAGAAAGACUGGUGUUGCUGGUCUCAUUGAUUUACUCUUGGGGAAUACCGGACCUUUUGCUUCUGGAGAUUGGAUCCUUCCUGACCUCACAAUUCAAGGUUCUAUCAAGCUAAAUUCUAGUCUCCUAACAUUCCCCAACACAUUCUACUUUAGCUAUGCAACCAAAAGAACAAGAAAAUUCAUGGGACUUACACUACCUUCAAGUGUGCUUGGUAUCCACCCAAUGCUCUUCAUUAGAGUCCUGCAGAUGAGCCAAUGGCGCUGCCCUUCCAAUGUGCCUCCACCUUAUAAAGGAUACAGGGAUGAAGACUGGGAAGACAAUGAUGGAGCGCUCAACACAAUAUCGAUGACCCACCCUCGCCUACCCGUCGAACACCCGAGCCAUUUUGUCAUGGAUGACUCAGAAUGCCAGCCUCUGCGACCAGGAAUCUGGUAUUACAAGAUCAUAGAAGCCGAUCACAUUCUUUUUAUUGUGAAUCGAGAAAGAGCAGGAGUACAGUUCGACCUUUUAUAUGAUGGCAUCUUCCAGCGCUGCAGAAAGCAUGCAUUUAGGACCAGUCCACCAAUACUACCAAAUGAAAGCUGCCAAUAGCCCCAUGAUUUCCAAUCACUUGCACAGAACAUCAGGAAGUAAGAGAAAGAAGUCACCCAAUAGGUUGAGAAUGUAUCUGGAAUAUCCAACUUUGUCCCUAUCCUCGUUGGUAACAAUAAUGUAUGCUCUGAAAUGAAGAGGAUUCAGGAUGCAUUAGGUGAACCCUAUUGUGCAGAUAGCAUCAUGUCGCAAAAUGCAGUUAGUGGUGCUAGUCCAGCCUUUUGUGAGUUUUUUGUGUCAAGACAAAAUGCAAUCUCAGAACUGCUUUUGGACAUUGCGUGGUUACUGAAGGAGCCUCACAUCGAUGAAAGGGAAUCUCUCUUUAGUUCGGGAAAUAUUCAGAGAUUAACUUCUUUACUAAAAUUUCUGAUACAAAACAGAUUUGUUAGCAUCAUCGAGGUUGUACUGCAUUAUUGGGAUAAUAUAGUCGAUGGGAAGGGUUUUGAUAAGUCAGAAAA